UGUGCAGGCCGGGCGGGCGUGCCGAGGGCGUGCGGCGGAGUCCGCGCUCGGGUGCGCGCAGCGGGGGCGGGAAGGCCACGCCCCGGGGCGGGAGGGGGCAGCCGGAUUAAAGGCCACCCGGCGGGCGGGGACCGGGACAGCAGCCCGCACCCGGAGCGCGCCCGGACGCGCGCCGCCCUACGCCAGCGCUCACGGCCCCGCACGUCCGACCGCUCGGGCGCAGCGCGUCCCGCCGAGCGCAGCAGGACCCACACGCCAUGCGCGUCCCAACAGGCUGCUGAGCGCGGGCGGCGAUGUCGGGGCGCGGGGCUGCGGGCCCCGGUCGGGGGCUGCUGCUGGCGCUGCUGCCGGCGCUCUGCGCGCUGCCGCGGGUGCGGGGCGUCGAGGAGGGGCCUGGCAGCGCGCACGGACACAGCCAGGGUUUCCAGGUGGUCACCUUCGAGUGGCUCCAUGUCCAGGACCCGUACAUCAUCGCGCUGUGGAUCCUCGUGGCCAGCUUGGCCAAGAUCGGUUUCCAUCUGUCGCACAAGGUCACCAGUGUCGUCCCCGAGAGCGCACUGCUCAUCGUCUUGGGCCUGGUGCUGGGCGGCAUCGUCUGGGCCGCCGACCACAUCGCCUCCUUCACACUGACGCCCACCGUCUUCUUCUUCUACCUGCUGCCCCCCAUCGUGCUGGACGCCGGCUACUUCAUGCCCAACCGGCUCUUCUUUGGGAACCUGGGCACCAUCCUGCUGUACGCCGUCGUCGGCACCGUGUGGAACGCGGCCACCACCGGACUGUCCCUCUACGGCGUCUUCCUCAGCGGCCUGAUGGGGGACCUGAACGUCGGACUGCUGGACUUCCUCCUGUUCGGCAGCCUGAUCGCCGCCGUGGACCCGGUGGCCGUCCUGGCCGUGUUCGAGGAGGUGCACGUCAACGAGGUCCUGUUCAUAAUCGUCUUCGGGGAGUCGCUGCUGAACGACGCCGUCACUGUGGUCCUCUACAACGUGUUUGAAUCUUUCGUGACGCUGGGUGGUGACAAGGUGACUGGCGUGGAUUGCGUGAAGGGCAUAGUGUCCUUCUUCGUGGUGAGCCUGGGCGGCACGCUGGUGGGCGUGGCCUUUGCCUUCCUGCUGUCGCUGGUGACGCGCUUCACCAAGCACGUGCGCAUCAUCGAGCCGGGCUUCGUGUUCGUCAUCUCCUACCUGUCCUACCUCACCUCCGAGAUGCUGUCGCUGUCCGCCAUCCUGGCCAUCACGUUCUGCGGCAUCUGCUGCCAGAAGUACGUGAAGGCCAACAUCUCAGAGCAGUCGGCCACCACCGUGCGCUACACCAUGAAGAUGCUGGCCAGCGGGGCCGAGACCAUCAUCUUCAUGUUCCUGGGCAUCUCGGCCGUGAACCCCCUCAUCUGGAAGUGGAACACGGCCUUUGUGCUCCUGACCCUGGUCUUCAUCUCUGUGUACCGGGCUGUUGGUGUCGUCCUGCAGACCUGGGUCCUGAACCGGUACCGGAUGGUGCAGCUGGAGAUCAUAGACCAGGUGGUCAUGUCCUAUGGCGGCCUGCGCGGGGCCGUGGCUUUCGCUCUGGUCGUCCUUCUGGAUGAGAGGAAGGUGAAGGAGCGGGACCUGUUCGUCAGCACGACCAUCAUCGUGGUCUUCUUCACGGUCAUCUUCCAGGGCCUGACCAUCAAGCCCCUGGUGCAGUGGCUGAAGGUGAAGAGGAGCGAACAUCGGGAGCCCAAGCUCAACGAGAAGCUGCACGGCCGGGCUUUCGACCACAUCCUCUCAGCCAUCGAGGACAUAUCGGGGCAAAUUGGACACAACUACCUCCGCGAUAAGUGGUCCAAUUUUGAUAGGAAAUUCCUCAGCAAAAUCCUCAUGAGACAGUCGGCACAGAAGUCUCGAGAUCGGAUCCUGAAUGUUUUCCACGAGCUCAACUUGAAAGACGCUAUCAGCUAUGUGGCUGAGGGAGAGCGCCGCGGGUCCCUGGCCUUCAUCCGUUCCCCCAGCACUGACAACAUGGUCAAUGUGGACUUCAGCACACCAAGGCCCUCAACCGUGGAGGCCUCUGUCUCCUACCUCCUGAGGGAGAACGUGAGUGCGGUGUGCCUGGACAUGCAGUCGCUGGAACAGCGGAGGAGGAGCAUCCGUGACACGGAGGACAUGGUCACGCACCACACCCUGCAGCAGUACCUGUACAAGCCUCGGCAGGAGUACAAGCAUCUCUACAGUCGGCACGAGCUGACCCCCAACGAAGACGAGAAGCAGGACAAGGAGAUCUUCCACAGGACCAUGCGGAAACGCCUGGAGUCCUUCAAGUCUGCCAAGCUGGGCAUCAACCCGAACAAGAAGGCGGCAAAGCUCUACAAGAGGGAGCGCGCCCAGAAACGGAGAAACAGCAGCAUUCCCAAUGGGAAACUGCCCCUGGAGAGCCCCAUGAACAACUUCACCAUUAAGGAGAAAGAUUUGGAACUUUCAGACCCCGAGGAGGCCCCGGACUAUGGUGCUGAAGUGGGAGGGGGGAUCGAGUUCCUGGCAAACAUCACACAAGACACCACGGCCACAGACUCCCCGUCAGGUGACACGGGCUCCGACGUGCCGCUGACCGGACGCUCGUCCCCUCCCGCCGCCGAGAAGCCUCCGAUCCCCGCGCGGUCCCCGCGCCCGCGCGCCCGGAGCCCGGCCCCGCCCGCCGACGCCCCGCCCGCCGGAGCCCCGCCCGCCGACGCCCCGCCCGCCGGAGCCCCGCCCACCGCCCCGCCCGACCGCGAGCCCGGCGCCGGGCCGGAGCGCCGCGGACUCCCGGGCGCGCAUGCGCGGUCGGCGGCGGCGCGCCGCGUGCACAGCCGUCGCUCCUUCCAGCGGCCCCGCGCGCGCCGCCGCCCCGCGCUGCUGAAGCUCGCGUCCCUGCAGCCCUCGUGCCACGCGCCGCCGCACGCGCUGGAGCAGGAGGAGACGCCGCUGUGACGCCCUGACGCCCUGGCCCUGCGGUCUCCCCGGCCGGGGUCGAGGUGCGGGAUUGGAAUCCGUCCCGGGGGACCGCGCGUGCCACCGGGCCGGACCCUCGGAGUUCCCGGGAGCCACCUGCAGAGAGGCCCCUGCGGGCGACGGAGGGGACCGUGGCAGAGCCUCUUCCGGCUGCCGCGCGGUCCGGGCCCGUGCCUUUGCCCGGACACUCGGCCGAGGGUCCUACUGGGCGCCUGCCCCGGUUUUGAACCCAGCCGGCCCUUGCGUGUUACUGUCAGCCCUGACUUAGCCUCAGGAAGGGCCCUGGGUCCCCAGAAGUGGGCUCCGUGUUCCAGGUCCGCGCUCCCCUCGGCACUGCCAGGGACACGGAGACUGGACGCCCGCCCAGGAUUCCUGGCUCUCACCCCCCGCGAGGCAGGAGCCCAGGUUCCAGGAGCGAUCUGCAGGCCGAGGGGCCGGCGCUGUGUGCCGUCCUAACGUACACUUACCAGUUCUCUGAACUACCUGUCACCUUAGGGACACCUUAGGUACCACUGCAGACACGCGUUUGUUUGUCCUUUUGUGUUGUAACUCCCAGAGCUCAGCACGGGCCUGGCUCCGGCCCAGGCAUCCGUGUGGCAGCCUCUGGCCUUCCGUGUCCCACCUGCUGCCAGGAGAUGGCCGGGGCGUCGGAAGGUUGCACCGGCCACGUGGGCAGGUCUACACAGCUCCAGCUGAAUGCGGGGGCCUUCACAUAGCGAGCAGCUUACUGGGGCCAGGGCCAGGUGGGGUGGGGACCUGCUGUUUCAUGGAGAACCAAGGGACUUGGAGCAGGGCUCAGACCUUCACAGGACCUCUGGGCCUACCCUGAGAAUGCUGUAACAUAGACCCCUUCUCAACCCCUCCAGGGACAUGGCCUUGGGCAGAGCUGCACCCUCUGCCCCCACCCCCAUCCUCUGGAGGGAGACCACUGUCUGGCUGACCUGUGCGGGGAGCAGAUGAGGGUGCGGUGAGGCGGCUGCCACAUUGAUCCAGGAGAGGCCCUCAUCCGUCCUCACCUGUUGCUCAGACAGGGUUUUGUGGGAGGAAGAGGUAGUAAGGAUCAGAGGGAUGAGGACCUUCAGACGGACACUCCUGGAAGCUCUUCUAAAGAAGCCCAGCUCAGCCCUGCUCAGGAGAGAGUGUGCUGCCCUGUGACCGAGUUCUGUUGAUGCAAAAUUCCCAGCCAUCACGGGCAAGGCCUGAUAGCACUCCAGUGUUUUCAUAGUGCACACGGAGACCCUGGCGAGAAAGUGUGCGAUCUGCUCUUCAUACCUUUGCUGUUGAGAAAUACAAGGGACAGUCACUGGGGCAUCUGCUCAGCAGCCCAAAGCUCUUGACCCCGAGAGCAGAUCUACCCAUCGCCUAAGUCACACAGGUGGGCAGGGGGGCGGGCUCCAUAGUUCUUCCCCACACUGUGCAACCAUUCUGCCCCACUCCGUGAGCACAGAAUCCAGCCAUUAUUGCGGCCACAAAACCUGCCGGUUAGUGACCCGACAGACUGCCCCCAGGCCAGCCUGGUCACCAAGCCACAGCAUCCAAGCACACCUCCAGGAAGGUGCCCACUGCAGCCAGGUCAGGCGAGGGUCCACAGCCCAGCUGGUCCGGCAUCUUGCUGCCUUAACCACUCACCUGGAUCGCUGGAUGGACCCGGACCCCACGCCCUGUUGCAGAGCUAGAGGCUGAGCCGGGGCACGUCCUUCAACCCCAGAGAGAAUAAACCGGCGGGUCUUGAGGCUCAGCUCUCAGCUGGUGUUUUCUGUCCUGGAUGGGCCCAGGGCCGAGUGCAGCCCUACAGGAGCUGCGGUUCCCGGUGGGAAAGCUCCCAGCAGAGCCCCACGUGCCAGUGCUCAUGAGAGAGCUCUGGUGUUUCCUCCGUGGACAGUCUUACACAGGCUCGUGCUGUGGAUACACUUCAUAAAUGAGAAUUCUAGCUAUUCCUGUCCUUGUAAAACAGAAUGUAAACAAAGUCUCAUGAAUGUAUUUCCUUAGGAAAACAGUUGUAAAACUUUUUAUUAUAAAAGAAUUCCUAUUUAUUUAAUACUGAAUUUUGGCCUACUUUCUGGCGGACUGUAAAGAACACAAAGAUAGGAGUUGCUGUCUUUCACGUCUGUGUUUUCUUGAGAACGACUUGGUCACAGUGCUUAUAUACCGUGUACGAGUCCAGUCAUCUUCUGUCACGAAAGGAGAUUUAAAGAAUUUCAUUGGAACUUGAAAUGCUAACCUAGGAGUGGUGUAAAUUGCAUAUGUUAAUUUUGUGAAUGUAAUCUUCGUCAAAUUUUGUGUAACUGUGAUCACAGAACAAUGUGCCUUACAUGGUUGGGCAUGCUGGGCAGAGGCCCCGCCGCAGACCCUGUCACACCCGCAUGAUCACAUCUAUUAAAGAUGUUUUAAGGUGGA